CAAGGUUCAGACAACUUGAAACCACUACAAGCAUGCUAGAUGAGGUUUGACAGUGUCAGUGACGAAAGAAGGCAAACCAAAAAGAACAACCAUCAGAAACGGAUACAAAGCUGACAAAGAAAUGAACAGAAAUGCUGAGAAACAACACAAGUAAAGAGAACCUGUGAUCCAAGAAGGUGAAGAUGAAACAGGUACAAGAAAAGAGAAAAACAAAAAUGAUCAUAUGUAAUCUUGCUGUUUCUCUUCUACUGCUAUCGCUGAGUGUCAGCGGCAACACAAAUGGAUCUGAGAUGAACUGUGUUGCAGUAAUCAAAGUGCCACGAAAUACUGUGUUUCUAGCUCGUGUUAUGACCGAGUUGAAGAUAAACUGUACUAUAACUCAACAUGGAUGUCACAGGAACCAAAUAAUCUCAUGGUGCAAAAUCUAUGGAAAUGGCUGUAAUGCUUUAAAUUACUCAAAUAACAUGAGAACUGAGUGGAAAAACAUCACAGCAAAUAAUGGGAUGGCUUUCCUGAUUUUUUUGAACAUCUCAAUGGAGGAUACAGGUUCCUACAGAUGUAAAGAAGGUGACACCUCUGUAAGCCAUGCUAUUAAUGUGACUGUGACAGAUAAUGAGGAGGAUAAGGUUUCACAAAAUCAAAGCAACCCAAUAUUAGAUGAUCUGAAUACACCUUCAAAUGAUGAUCUGGGGUGGUUCUGGCCAUAUGUGUACAUCUGCAGUGGAACGGCAGGUCUGGUGCUCACAGUUAUAACUGUAACAUUGCUUAUCAUCAGAUGCCAAGGUACAAAAUCAACAAGAAAAGAUAUAACAGUUAAAACUCAGUACAUGGAAACACAAAGAGGUGAUCUGCCUCCUCCUCCCCCUUCUCAUCACAAUACCCGUUCCCCCUCUAAUCAGCUCACAUCUACUUUAUAUCGUGACUGUAAAACUCCACCUAUCAGAGGUUCAUCAGCUGGAAGAGUCGCAAAUAGUAGCCACAACACUGUUGGCACAAAAAGAGGGGAAGAAGAGAAUGCUCUGGUGUAUGCUUCUUUGAAUCACCAGGCUCAGCCAAGAGUGCCCAGAAGAACAGCACGACAAGAACCAGAACCAGAACCUUCAGAAUAUGCAGCAAUCCGGGUCCGCUGAUUCAAUUAAUCAUGCAAUUCAGACAAUUUAAAAAUAAUACUGAGAAAUGACCAAAGAAAAAUGGUCACUUAUUUACUAUUCUGUAUGUAGAAAUCAUUCUAAAAGACUCUCUAUAAGGAGCAAGAGGAGCAGUUUGUAGUGCACCUCAUGAUCUAUGUCUAUAUAUAAUGUGCUAUUUUAUUAAACAAAAGUGUUUUUUUGAAAACUAACUUUGGCAACAUUUUUGAGGCUGAACUUUUAGGUUUUAUGUCCAUGUGGUUUAGUGGUUCAUAUAAUAUCUAAUAUCUUAAACCAAUAAUAUUUGCUCUUUUGGUAACAUGCCCAGUGUUGUUACAUAAAAUGGCUUGGUGUUGUCUGAAAAACACUAUUGUAAAUAUUUAAAUCUGAACUGCCC